ACACAGUGAAACCAGGCGUCGCCGAGCUGAGACGAUCGACCGAACCGUUUCCAACGCUUAGUCGCGUACCGGCCACCGCGCACAGAACGUCGCGAGGUGUUCGUAGUCGGACCAAACAACCAACCAGCUGAGCUCCUAUUCACGUUACCACAAAGAAGAAAGGAUCAAAACCCGAUCCGAUCGUCCUCCAUUGACCUCGAUAUCAAUUUAUUCCCCUGGGUUUGACUGCGACAUAGAAGAACGAACUUCGAAGCGAAGAGUGUAUAAGAUGUCCGAGUACAGCUUCGCUCAGAGUUGACGAGGGUUCUUUUUUCGAGAGAGGUCAAAUUGACUAACGCGUGUUAAUCGAGAGAAAGAGAAGUUGAAGAAGGUCGAAGGAGGAGAACCAGCCAACCAUGGAUCCUUAUUCACUAAGUGUCGAGCGCGAGGCAUCGAAGAACAUCGAAGAGAACGAGAGAGAGUGUUUCAAAGAUGCGAUCGUUUCCAGUAGAAGCCUCAACAAAGGCUUCAUCGAGCCUUUCAGUCUUAAGAACUCCCUAGUUGAAAUCACCUGGUGUAUCAUUGCCGCAUCCUUCCACAUAUCAGUGGGCUUAGCUAUGGCUUAUUCAGCGAUUCUGAUUCCUCAUCUCGAGGCCGAGGACGCGGAAUUGCACGCUACACGAGAGGAGACUUCGUGGAUCGCUAGCGUGGUGGUGGUGUGCGCACCCGUAGGAGCCGUGUUAGGUGGCUUCCUGAUGGAAACUGUGGGCAGAUUGAGAACGCUUCAAAUCGGCGCUCUUCCCUGCAUCGCGGGUUGGGUCCUUAUAGCACUCUCGACGAACAUCCCGAUGCUGUUGUGCGGUCGAUUAUUAUGCGGCUUAGCCACGGCUCUAGCGACCUCGCCAGCGAUAGUGUACAUCACCGAGGUCGCUCGGCCAGAAUUGCGAGGAUCGCUGUUGUCCUUCGGACCGACCCUGGCCUCAUUCGGUAUGGUUUUAUCGUAUUUGAAGGGUGCAUAUCUUCCCUGGAGGCUGGUGGCCUGGCUCAGUAUCAUCUAUGCCAUUGUACCAGUGAUCUUGGUGCAAUUCUUCGUCGAGGAAUCGCCCAUGUGGCUAAUUUCCAAACAACGACCAGACGAUGCACAAAAAGCAAUAAACAAGAUGUACAGAUACGAAGAGGGGAAAGCGUUUGCGCAAUUCCAUCAGAUUAAGAAGGAGAACGAAAUUAAAGUCAGCGAACAGAGAAGAAGCAAGCACGGCAGCUUCUCGAACAAGAUGAGGGGGUUCCUGAAGCCCACAGGAUGGAAGCCUAUCAUGAUUCUCUUCCUACUCUUCUCCUUCCAGCAAUUCUCUGGCAUUUAUAUCACGCUCUUCUAUGCUGUAACUUGGUUCCAGGAAGUGGGCGCAGGAGUGGACGAGUAUAAAGCUUCAAUUCUAGUCGGCGUUACGCGUUUCUUUUGUUCAAUGGUGAAUACUUGGCUGCUAAGACGGUACAAAAGGCGACAGCUGUGUAUCGUCUCUGCCUUGGGAAUGGCUCUUUGUAUGUCCGUUUCUGGAUACUUUACGUACCUCAUUAAGAACGGUGAUCGUUCUGGAUACUGGGUUCCUAUUCUGUGUCUACUGCUUUACGUGUUCACGUCUAUGAUCGGAAUGCUGACAAUUCCAUGGACAAUGACCGCGGAACUGUUCCCAACAGAGAUUCGAGGAAUCGCUCAUUCCAUCAGUUACUCUAUAGCCAAUUUACUCAUGUUCUCUGCUAUCCAAAGUUAUAGGAGCAUACAAGCUUUCUUGGGGGGAUCCUUUGCGGUGCAGUGGUUCUUCGCGGGAGUUUCGUUAGCAGCAGUGGUAUUCGUUUGGUUACUGCUACCAGAAACCCACGGCAAGAAGCUGUCGGAGAUCGAGGAGUAUUUCCAGAAUCAUUUCUUAGCUGUAGGCGCCGAAGCGAAGACGAGGAAACGGCGAGCGCAGCAAAGAAAACAGCGAAAGGAAAUGUCCGCCGCGGAGCCUCUCAACCCGAAAACGAUGUUAAAAGUAUAAGUACGUACGGCUGAUCACGCGAGCAAGCUACAUAUAACAUGACAUACAAUUUAUGUUCUAAUCGAUGUCGUUACUCUAAGAAACUGUGUACGAAGUACUAAUCUACAUAUGCAUUAAGUAAUUUCAAAUCAAUUACGUAUGUAAGAAUUCUACACGAAGCUACGUUAUUGCUUAAGUUACGUUUAUUUCUCAUUUAGUGAACGAAUAAAACACGACGCGAGUUUUGUUUGUCGUCCUUGUUCGUCCCGAGGAAAGUUUUCCAGACUUUUGUCGGCUUGUAUUGGCGUGUAUCGACCUCGCUUUCGCUCUUUGCUCUGCUAUCGCGUUGAUAGAUCUACACCCAGUGUUCCGCGACUUGCGGAAGAUUUCCGGAAAAAAGUAUCAACUGAUUUCUCUGAUAAAAAUUGCGAUAACGCUUAUGGCGAUCCUAUCAGCGGUCAUCGCUGCAUUGGGUAUGGGUUCUAAGUCGAUCUUCCGAAGCGAACGAGACAGUGACUAUCAAAAAUUGGCAUCGAACCACGAGGCAGCCACGUGGCCUCCUCAGAUGUACCCCGUCCUACCCACGGUUUUAUCGACAAUUUGGUAUCCUAGUGUUCACUGGGACGACAGUAAACCAAAUGAGAUUUACGGGCGUUAGUCCUCGAACAUCGCUCUUCGAGGACUGACGCUCGCAGAUUUCCUAAGUACGUUUAACUCGCCCUACGUUUUUACACACGUUCGUAGGAUGAUAGAUAUACAAAUACUGCGGACGGUUUACUCUUCACUCUGCGAUAAGCCCCGUGAGGCGUGGAUGUUUACGCGUGCAAAUUUUUAACAAUAAGCACGUGUGUGUGUGUACAACGAGCAGAUGAUACGCAUGGCAUGUGUUAGGAGCAUGACAACCAAAACUUCUACCAAAAAUAUCGAACGACCAUACAACGCGAGGCACCAAACAGUAUUAGUUGAUCUGAUACAGCCCUUCCUCUAGGGCCGUAGAGGGAAACGAUUAAAAUGGUUCUUUUCGUUCAGUUCGACACAAGUUAUUUGAUCCAUUUGCAUCGUAUCUUUCCGGCUAUGAGUAUUAGGAAAAUUAAUACAAUAUAUCGUAUAAUGGCUGAUUGAUUUCAGAGAAUGAUUCAUACAAUAAUCAGUAGUGAUAGAAAACAGUAGUGAUGCAAAUGGGUUGAACGCGUCUGUAUACGUUUGCCGUUUUCGGACAGACUGUUGCAUUUGUUGAAACAGAUAUAUAAUAAUACGAAAUACAACUCCGCUGUGAUUUACAAAUAAAAAGAGCGUACCAAUUAAAAGUCUCGCCAGUGGGACGUACAAUUUGAAAAAUGGAAUAUUUGAAUGCAUGGUAUCGAGGCGCAGGCGCUGCGUUACGUGAAGACAGUAUGAAUGCCUUUUUUACGGAUCCGCUCUGAUCUACUUAAAAGAUACGAUAUACUAAAGACCAGAAUUCUUUUUAUACAAUGUUCGCAGUCAACCAACUUUCAUGCGUAUAUCAUAUUUUAUAGCGUAAUUCUUCCUGAAGCGAACCAUUGAAUACACGCGACCGAACUUUUAUUAGAGAUAACUGAUGGACCAGAUCGAACGUCCAAUUGUACUUUAAAAUUCAGUGCGCUUGUCCGUAAAUUGUUAGAGGAAUAGAAUGAUGUUAGAAUAGCAGAUCGUCACCGAAAGGAAGGACGAGCUUAUACAAUAAUUACAGUUAUUACUUGUCACGUGUGUACCGUGAAGUAGUUGCAUUCUUUACGAGAAUUAUUGAAAAGUAUAUAUAUGCGUCGAAAUCUUUUGGUUUGAGAAGUGCCUUUCCUUUUCGUGACUGCAAUUUGUUGUAAAAUAAGUUUGCGGGAAUGUGCGAACAAAGUUUUGUACGAAUUCUAAUACUUUGUAUCGUACUUACCACAACAUACUUGUGUUAUCCGUGUAUGUACACAUACAUAUAUACUUAUACUUACGUAGGUACCAUUGUAAAUUUUCGUAAAACGUUUCUAAUAAAAUCAUAUUUUUGGAAA